AUGACCAAAGUUUCUCCGGUCGUUACUCCUUCAUUAUCCUCUGCACUUGUUUUAGAAACUCCUUCAAAUCUCAGAAGAGUAUCAACUAGCUCUGUUCAAAGCUUAGCCAGUGUUAUCGCAAGUGCAGCGUCUUCUGUGUCUUCUAUCCCCUUUUCAGGAGAGCCAGAAGUUGUAAAGGCAGAGGGUUUGCGGCACGCGAGCAUAUUUUUGGAUGCAAGGCAGUACAAGAAGUCUUCCUUCUUGGUGCACCUCCUUGAAUGCAUACGGUCGUUAAAUGUUCCUUCAUGGAGCAGUCCAUUAAUCACAGCCGAAGAGCUUGUGAUACACAAGGUCUCCGGUUCAUUGACAAACGCAGUCUUCUUUGUUUCUUGUCCUUCGAUCAAGGAAACCAUCACCAUCCUUCUUCGAAUUUAUGGACCAUCAUCAGACUCGUUAAUUUCACGCCCCAGAGAGCUCAAUACCCUUCAUAUCCUCUCUUCUCGCUUCAACUUGGGCCCGAAAGUAUAUGGAACUUUUGAGAAUGGUCGAAUGGAAGAAUACUUCCCUUCAAAGACACUGACUGCUGAAGACAUGCGCGAUCCGCAAAUUAGUCGAUGGAUUGGAGCUCGCAUGUCCGAGCUUCAUUCAGUCCCGAUUGAAGUGAUUGAGGAAAGUUCACCUGGAAAAGGCGGAGAGGGUAACGGAUGGCAACUUGGAGCAAAGAGGAAUGUCAGGUCGUGGCUCGCACCUGCCAGAGAUGUUCUGAUGCACCCAACUAUACCCCAAUCUGUGCGGGAUGAGUUCAAUCUGGACAAAUUCCAACAGCAAUGGGAAAGCUAUCUUAAAUGGCUUUCCAAUGUAGAUGACGUGCAUAAUGGUAGCAGACGGGUAUUUGCACACAACGAUACACAAUAUGGCAAUUUACUCAGACUCGAGGAUGCAGAGGUGUGGACUCGUGCUCCACAUCGCCAGUUGAUCGUGGUUGACUUUGAAUAUGCCUCACCCAAUCCGGCGUCGUUUGAUAUUGCAAAUCAUUUCAUUGAGUGGACUUACAACUAUCAUACUUCGACUCCUCAUCUACCGGAUGAGAGUCGCUAUCCUACAGCACGAGAACGUGAAAAUUUUUACCUAUCUUACCUCGAACAUACCGGCACCUCUCCCGGGAAUAUGUCGCAGCAAGCUCAGAGUCUCGAAAAUCAAGUGCGCUACUGGACCCCAGCUUGUCACGCAAUGUGGUGUAUGUGGGGCAUUGUACAAUCUAGAGACGACGUUAUCAACGACGUCACAGAACCUGAGUUCGACUACGUGGGCUAUUCGCGUUUUCGAUUAGCCGCAUUCCGACGAACUAUUGCAGCUUUGGGAAUUAUUUGA